CAUCCACCUGACCACCACCCAAACGACCUUUGAACUACUCUCGCAGCACUGUUCUUGCCCUUUGCAUAGAUUGCCAUUACACAUGAUUUUGCGGUUCGAUCUUGAUGAUUUUUUAUGCGUUGGUGCAAUUAUUCUAUUGUUUUGGCUGUUUUAGCGUUAAAUUUGGGAUGGAUAUGUGUGAUAUAGAGUGCCCUUAGAGAAUCUAUAGCUGGAUUUUGUUUCCAAUCGAAGACUCUUGUUGUUUUGGCAGAUUUGGGUUACGCUGCCACUGUUCACCGUGAGGUUGUAGACCAAAUUUUCUCCAGGUUAGUGCUCGUGUUUAAUCCAAUUUUAUGACGUUUCUUGCUCAUUUUAGGGUGCUUUCCAUUGUAAUUUUUUGGAUUUACUAAUUCUGUGUAUGUGUGUUGAAUCCCCUAAAUGCUUGGUUAAUUGACACCAUUCAUGUUCUUUGUCAUUGUGUGUGAACAUUUCUGACUGUGAUAUCUCUGCCUUGGAGUCUUGUUGUGAUAAUGGGAUGGAAUGGAGAAGAAUGUGAAGUAGGACAUUAGCCAAGAUAGAACAAAGGGAAACACGUUCAGAGAUAGCCGUGUCUGACCAUAUUUCACUCCGGCCAAGAUGACCCAAAUAGUGGCAGAUUCCCCAAGCAACAGCAGGCAGAUCCGGCGAAGUCCAGCAGCUCGGGCAGAGUAACAGCCAUCAUCCAGUGGCGGCGGCAAGCCGGUAACUCUCCGGCGAACUGACAACCGUGGUCACCCAGCAACUCCGGCGAAGGUGAGGUUCGGGUAGUGAAUUUUAACCAUGGACAGUGAGGAUGAGACCGAGCAGCAACGAUGACAGAUCCAGGCGGGCUUGGGCAGUGACGGGCUUGCUUAGGCAGCGAUACUGGACUGUGCGUGACGCCGUCUACCCUCCGUUCGGGUCAAGUUCUCUCUCUUACCAUCUAGGUGACCAUUCCAACACUAUGAAAGAAUCUGUUAGGCUCAACUUCAAGGGGAAAUGGAUGAGAGGGCAAAAGCUGUUUUGUGGGUGUUUUGGGCUGGGACGUAUGGAACAAGAGAGGGGAAGUUCAGGGUGAUUGUGGUUAAGGAAGGAGAGGGGAGAAUGAGAAGGGGAUGGGUUCUUGGGGUGGUGGCCGAAAUAAAGUGGAGGAGGGAAGUAUAUAUUUUAGUUGUUUUCUUGAGGGGGGAAUAAACCAAGCAGGUGUUAAGAGAUAUUACACACUCUUAUCUUUUACUUGGGGUGAAUCUAGUAUUCAAAUAAGAUAUUACACACUUAUUCAAAUAGCUAGAACCUAUAACUCACACCUAAGAGAACCACUCUUAAGAUAUAGAAAUAGGAAUUUAAAAUAGAACACACACAAGUGUAUUGCUACUGAAAUGGGAAAUACAAUCUGCCCUUUUACAAGGCCUAUGGCCGAAAUAUAGAUAGCAAAACAAGGGAGACUACCUAGUCUCUUAUUCACACAAAUUAAAGGAAUAAUAACCACUUAUUUGAGUCCUUUGGUGGGGGAGGAAAUCAGAGAUAGGGGCUGGCUUGUGGGGCUAUUGUUGGGUUAUUAUUGUGGUGGAGUGGGCUGCUAUUUUGGGGGUUUUUGGGUGGGUUGUUUCGGCCAGGCAGGGGGUACAAAGGGUGAGUGGGCUGGCUAUUUUGGAGGGAUGCAAUAGGUGGUUUAUGGAGAUGCAAAGGUGAGUGGGAUUGCUGCCAAGGUGGGCCAAUAUGUCUUGUUUGUUUGCAGCUUGUUUCCUUACAUAUAAUGGAGAGCAUAAUGGGGAACAAGUGUGGGGGUUGUGACAUGGGUUUGGGCAGGUUUUUUGGGUGAUUGUGUUCGGCUACAACAAGGGNAGGAGGGUUGGGUUGUGUUUUUAAAGGUUGGUUUGGAUACUUAGGGUGUGGUGGUUUUGGCCAGGGUUGGGGUUCGGCCUCAAGGUGGGGAAGGAUCCAAGGACAUUAUGGUUAGGUCAUGAUUUUUAAUGGUGAUAAAUUCACUCCAAAAAGGAUCAUAACACUUGGCCAUUAUUCCGUUGAUUUGUUUAAGGACUUUAGAGUCGUUG